CUGCGGUGGAGGCGAGGGGACGCGCAGGUGCUGGCGGAGUGGCUGGCGUGGCUGCUCGUGAAGGCUCCGGUGGCUGGCCGGGAAAGGUGCAGAGAGCGCGGCUGAGGAAAGGUAACCCAGCCGUGCUCCUCAGAGCCUGCCUGCAGUUUCAAGACCUGUUCCCUGCCCCUACUGGGAGACCCGCGCCUUAACCCGCAAUGGGCAACCACUUGACUGAGAUGGCGCCCACUGCCUCCUUCUUGCCCCAUUUCCAGGCCCUGCACGUGGUGGUCAUUGGGCUGGACUCUGCUGGAAAGACUUCCCUCCUUUACCGCCUCAAGUUCAAGGAGUUUGUCCAGAGCGUCCCCACCAAAGGCUUCAACACUGAGAAGAUCCGGGUGCCCUUGGGGGGGUCCCGUAGCAUCACCUUCCAAGUGUGGGACGUUGGGGGGCAGGAGAAGCUGCGACCACUGUGGCGCUCCUACACCCGCAGGACUGAUGGGCUGGUGUUCGUGGUGGAUGCUGCGGAGACUGAGCGGCUGGAGGAGGCCAAGGUGGAGCUACACCGGAUCAGCCGGGCCUCGGACAACCAAGGUGUGCCGGUGCUGGUGCUGGCCAACAAGCAGGACCAGCCUGGGGCUCUGAGUGCAGCUGAGGUAGAGAAGAGGCUGGCAGCUGGCAGCUGCCACGCUCACCCACGUGCAGGGGUGUAGCGCUGUGGACGGGCUGGGUCUGCAGCCUGCCCUGGAGCGCCUGUAUGAGAUGAUCCUAAAGAGGAAAAAGGCAUCCAGGGCAAGCAGGAAGAGACGAUGACCUGAGGCUGCCCCCCUCCCCACCCAUUAGGGGCCUGCAUAUUUGGACAGCCGGGUGGGGCCUGUGACUUCUCAGCCCAAGGUGUAGGACCUAGCCACCUCCAUGAAGGACCAAAGGACUUGGGGGGUUCCUGUUCUGGUGCCACAUUGGGGAGGGGGAUGGGAGAUGGAUAUCUUCGCACAUCUCCCUCAUCCUCACCCCUGGAGAAGUGGGGGCUGCAGGACUAUGGAGGCUUCAAUGUAAAACUGUGACUCUACCUCGACCCUGUUUCUCAUUUUUCUCCUCUGGCGUUUUCAUUGUAUGUGUUUUUGGAGGGAUGGAAAGUUGCUUGUAGAAUGGGAUGAAUGAUAUCUCCUUGUCCCCCUCUACUUACUGGGGAGGGAGUCUCCCCCAGGCUGCUUUUUAGGGGAGUCAGUCACAAUAGUCUUUAUUUUUGUGUGUGAGAGUGCCAAGAAACCCUCCUCACAUUUGUAGCUCCACAACACCCUUUUUAUAAGCCACGUGUGUCCCCUGUAUUAUUAACUAUUUUUUAGCACUUGCCUGUAAGUUAUUAAAGACUGAUGACUAUAGCGUU